AGUUCCUAACGCAACGUUAAGCUGUGAUGAUGCACGAUCUGAAGUAUCUGUGGACUUGUCUGAGCCUGUAUUUCUUUGUAGGAAGUGUUCGGGCUAGUUGUCACAUUGAGCCAACUGAUUUGGCCGCCAAUUAUUUGUUCUUAAGCAACAUAAGCAAUGUCAUUGAUAUUCAGCGCAGUGAUAUUGUGGAAAUCGGUCAUUCGGUGCAUCUGCUUUGCAGUGGAACACUUUCAAGCGCAUCCAAGUGCAAUAUAAACAAUGCAUUCAGUGAACCGCUAAGCUCACUAGCAUGUGAACCACCCGAUGCCGUGGUGAUAAACGUACAAGAUACUUCUUGUCCAUUUCCGAGUACUACGUUUGCAGUAGGAUUUAAUUUCAAUGGACGCUUUAUGGAACUGUAUCGUAAUUGUUUUAAUAUCUCCAACUUAGCGUUCCAACAUUCUAUCUACAAGGCUUAUCGCUACGUAAACAACGCUCAACGUAUUAACGCCCAAUGGAAGUCGGAUCAAAUAAGUGGUCAAUUUGAUAAUGCCUACGAGAGAAGAACAACUCAAGCUUGCUUGUCUACUACCCUGGGUGCAGCACAGCCGCAGUGUAAAUUUGAUCGUGGCCACAUGACACCGGCUUCUGCUUUUAUAUCCACAGCGCUUAAGAAGGCAACCUUUAGGUAUCUGAAUGCUAUCCCCCAAUAUGAAGGAGUCAAUCGUGGCAAAUGGAAGACCGUCGAGUCUUGGGUAAACAAUAUGGUUAGGGGGAUGUAUGAUAAUCCCACCAUCAAUAACGUACAAAUACCGCGUACUUACGAUGUCCUUAAGGUUUGCAUUGGGGUACUGGGAGUGCAUACACUAAAACAUAAUACCAAUAACAACAUGAUACCAAUUUACCUGUUGGAUAAUAGCAAAAUUCCCGUGCCAAUGUGGAUAUACAAGAUAGUUAGCCAUCUCUCCGGAGAUAAAUGGGUGAUGCUGACCUACAACGACAGAAUACGACCCAGUGACGAAGAAAUAAAAAUAAUCUGCGAAAAGAUACCCUGUCAUUGGGGUCUUAACCUAAAUGAGAGGCCUGCUGGAAACACUGUCUGCUGCAAGCCGGCCGAGUUUAUUACAAAAAACGCUGCACACCUUACUGGUGUUUGCUGA